AUGAAUGAAGAAGAGAUUAGAUCUGAAAUAGAAGACGAAGAAGAAGUAGUAGAAGUAGAAGUAGAAGAAGAAGAUGAUGAAGAGGAUUUAUUUACAACAAUAAGAAGUGAAACACCUAGUCCAGCACCAUCAAUUGCUGCAGCUAUACUUAGACCAAAUUAUUAUUCUAAUUUAAAAGAACAUAAAUUAAUGAAUCAUAGAAAAACAAUUGAUCCUUCAGAUUUUACAGUUUAUACUAGUAUACCAAGAAAUUUAAUAAUGAAUAAGUUGAUCAAUAAAAGUGGGAAUACUAGUGGAUAUUCUAAUGGUAUGGUUAAUAAAGACUUGGAAGAAUUAUUAGAUUUACCUAAGACUAUUUGGACCGCUUGUUUACCAGAUGUUCAGCCAAUCAAUGGAAAUUCUCAUUCUAAUCGAAGUGUUAAAUAUUACAAACGUCAACUACCUCAAAUACCUUCAGAAGUUAAUAAAAUAGAUGUUAAAGAUACAUCCAAUCCUUGUCAAAUAUCCACGUCUAUAGGAAUAAAAAAAGGAAGAGAUAAUCUGUUAACAGACGUCUUGAAGAUGAACAAUACAAAAUCCGGUUUUAUGAGUAUACCACAAAAGAAUGAAAAACCUCAAAUCAAUGAAGAUAUUUCUGUUAUUGUAUAUCAACCACCAUCUAUUGAUCCACAUGGUCCUGCACCUAAUCCACCUGUAUAUUGUUCAUCAUUUCCUCAAUCUAAUCUAUGGUCUUUAAGGCAUAAUAAUAAUAAUAAUAAUAUAGAAUCUCCUGGAAUCAAUAAUGAAUUAUCUCAAAUGUAUUUCAAACAAUCAACAACUCCAAGACAAAAUUGGUUAAAUCAGCUAGUUAUUAAUGAUUUAAAUGAAUCAAUGAUGAAUUAUAAAUCGAUUGAUAAAGAUUGGUCACAUCUUGAUCUUCCAUUAAAACAUUUAGCACCUUCACCUUCAUCACCAUCAUCAUCAUCAUCAUCACCACCACCUCCACCAGCACCUAAACCUAUUUUAUUAAAUAUCAAUGAAGAUUUAUCAAAAUUCAAUUAUUGA